AUGUUGUCGCUACGUACCAUCGCCCGCUCUGUGCCUCGCACUUUCUCCCGCUCCAUCGCCAUCUCUUCCCGCUCUGCUCUCUUCCGACCUAUUCCGACUGCUGCUCCUAAAAAUGUUAUCCUGCAAUCUGCUCUGAAGCCUUCAUACGCGGCUUUCUCGACUUCUAGCGUAUUCAAACAGUCUCAAGCUGAAGGUGAUUUUGAGCUUGCUGCCAAGCUUGAGGAUGAACUGAAGCAUGAGAAGGCUUCUGGUCUUGAGGACCUGGAUUCUUCCGUCCAGAACAUCCAGUAUGUUCUUCAGAACAACUCCUGGGAGGUCAAGGACGUCCCCGGUGACCAGGAGGUCGUGUUGACGAAGAAGUUCGGUAACGAGGAGAUUCGCCUCACCUUUACCGUUGCGGACCUUCAGAACCUGAGCGAACAAGAGGAAUUCGACGACCAGGCUUUGAGUGACGAGCUGGAUUUUGAGGGCGGCCACCAGCCCGCUAACCGGGGUGCCUCUGGCAACGUUGCCCAGCACCCCGAGGAUCGGGUUGCCCCGGCUGAUCGCGAGCUGGAUGAGUUGGACCGUGAUCUGGAGCCCAGCUUCCCUGCCCGCGUCAACAUCACCGUUGAGAAGCCAAGCAACGGCGCUUUGCUGAUCCAGACUGUUGCCCAGGAUGGUCUCUUCCAGAUCGAGGAGGUCUCCUACUUCUCUAAGCCUGACUUGGCACAUGCCCAGACAGCUGAAAAGGACUGGGCUAGACAGAGCCUCUACGCUGGACCUCCCUUUGAGAACCUCGAUGAGGAUCUGCAGACCUUCUUGGAGCGUUACCUCGAGGAGAGAGGCAUCAACGCAGAGCUCGCCAACAUGAUUCCUGACUACAUCCAGGUGAAGGAGCAGAAGGAAUACGUUCGCUGGCUCGAGAUGGGACUUUUAGACGUCAAGAACUUCAUCACCGCUUAA